AUGGCACCUCACCAGCAGCACCCUCUUCCACCCAUCGUGUCGAACCUCGCCGAUGUGUACAACUCCUACGUCUACCCUCUCCUGCCUGGCCCUCUGCAGUCCGUCUCCGCCGGUGUCGCGUCGAUACUGUCCACCGGCAUCGCCGCCGCGACGAGUGGAGACAUCGUGUCGCUGGCCGCGUUCGUGGUGGUGCUGUACUUGACCCUGAAGAUUGCGGACUACAUACGGCGCAGCGUGGUCGCGUGGGUGGUGUUCGUCAUCAAGAUCGUCUUGGUCCUGGCGCUGAUCAACUUGGCCUUUUACGUGAACAGUGUGGGCGUGCAAAAGGCCGUGGGGGACGCCGAAUGGGUCGUCAAUUGGCUCUGGAGCUUGUUCGAGGACAAGGUCUUGAACGGCGCGGGAGGUGAUAACAAGACGGGACCGUCUGCGUAUUACGGCAGCGGGAGGCAGCAGGUACCAAUUACACGGCCCAAGAGCAAGUGGACUUGAAGGCGAUCAACCACAACUAUUGCGAACACCAUGAUGAUGAUGUCAGGCGCUGUCGAAACCUUGUGCUGGGAAAAAGAAGAAGCCAUCAUAAGAGGGUGUCAGGGACACAGUGCACAGAAUGAAUCUUGGGAAAUCUGGUAUCUACAAUGUUGUCUCGAAAUGAAAACGCCUCCAGCGCCAACGCUGUCCCCGAAAUUCAACGAUCAGAUGCGAUUGCUCAGUCUUCUUCCCAGGCCGGCUCUUGCAUCUCGGCCUCUUUGGGAUCCCUGGGCUCUUGUGCCUCAUGGUAUUGAAUGGCAUCGUCGAUAUAACUCAAAAUGUCUCCAACGCUGUCUUCAUCGUUUACAUCGAGCUGCAGGAAGGAGACCAUCGAGAAGUCGUCUAUCAACCUCGCGACGGCCCGAUUCAGUUGUUUGAAGGAGCCUCCGG